UGCACCAACGACGAUCUUGCAUGACGUAGCGCUUCCGUACUCGCGCUGUCACACAUAGUGCCGACCCUCAUAACAUCAAUCGGCUUCUGGACCCUUGACAACAUCUCCAAACAUCACAAACUAACAAGAUGCCACCAAAACAAGCCCAAAAAGAAUCCAAACCAAAGCCAGCAAAGGGCCCAGCCAACAACAAUGACGAUACUCCGCACUGUACCAUUCCCGAGCACGAAAUCAAGCAAAAUGCUGGUGUAUCCGCCAGUAUGGCUCUACAAGCCGGUCAAAAAGCAUGGGAGCUUAGACAAGCAGCACAUGGCGCUGCCGAUGCCGAGGCAAGAGAGAAAAUCCUAGCCAAAGCCAUCAACAAAGAAAUCGAAGCUGAAAGUUUCGGAAAAGCAGCAAAAUACACACAGUCCGGUGCUUUUCAGGGAUUGGCUGCGGGAGCUGGAUUGGGCGUACAACCGGGUGUAACCCUUGGAAAACUGACUGGUGCACUCGUUGGGGGCCUGGUGUCUACAGUAACUGGCCUACUUGGAGGUGGUAUCGGUUCAGUGUACGGCGCCAUGUCCGGGCCUUUUUGGGAUCUCGGAGAGAUGGCAAGUCACGGAGUUCAAGGUGUGAUUGGUGACUUUCUUCCAGACAUCAAAGCUACAUCUUCACAAAGGAAGGCUUUGGAGAAGAUGAUUAUGCAGACGAAAGAAACGCAAGCGCCCACUAGGGAAGAGCUGGAGCAGAUGAAGAACGAUGCACCAGACCAGAUGC